UAGUCUUAGUCUUAGUAGUAGUCUUAGUCUUAGUAGUUUUAGUCUUAGUAGUUUUAGUCUUAGUAGUCUUAGUCUUAGUCUUAGUAGUAGUCUUAGUCUUAGUAGUAGUCUUAGUCUUAGUCUUAGUCUUAGUCUUAGUCUUAGUAGUUGUCUUAGCAGUAGUCCUAGUCUUAGUAGUCUUAGUCUUAGUAGUAGUAGUCUUAGUCUUAGUCUUAGUAGUUUUAGUCUUAGUAGUAGUCUUAGUCUUAGUAGUCUUAGUCUUAGUAGUCUUAGUCUUAGUAGUCUUAGUCUUAG